GUGAUCUCAAAAAGCCUUUAAAGAUCAAGUAUGUUGGAGGAGGAGAACAGGGACUUGACAUGGGAGGACUACAAAAAGAAUUCUUUCACAUGAUUGUGGACUCUAUUUUUGAGUCAGACUUUGGUAUGUUUUCUUACAUCGAUGAAACAAGAUGCACAUGGAUUAAUGGUUCAUCUCUUGAAUCUGAGAAAGAAUUUGAAUUAGUUGGUAUUGUGCUUGGAUUAGCUAUCUACAACGGGGUAAUUCUUGAUGUGCACUUCCCUUCUGUCAUCUACAAGAAACUGCAAGGACACGCACUAGACCUUCAGGAUCUAAGCAGCUUACAGCCUGCAUUGUCAAGAAGCUUGAGACAGUUAUUGGAGUUUGAUGGAGAUGUAGAGGAUGUUUUCUGCUACUCUUUUCAGGUGUCUAGUGCUGACGUCUAUGGUAAAGUCCAUAAUGUUGAUCUUCUCCCUAACGGCUCACAAAUUGCUGUCACAAAUGACAACAGACAAAAGUUUGUGGAACUGUACGUGAAGUACCUUUUAGUGGAUUCUGUUGCCAAACAAUUUGAUGCAUUUUCACAAGGAUUUCACAAGGUUUGUGGAGGUUCAGCAUUAACCCUCUUCAGUCCUGCUGAGCUGGAAUUGCUCAUAUGUGGCUGCCCAGUUCUUGACUUUAGUCAACUUAGAUCCGCUGCCACAUACGAAGAUGGGUUUUCACCUGAACAUCCUACCAUAGUGAUGCUGUGGAAUGUCUUCAACUCCAUGACUAUCAAGCAAAAGAAGGCUGUUCUCAUGUUUGUAACAGGAAGUGAUCGUGUUCCCUUAAAAGGACUAUCCAACCUAACCUUCAUAAUUCAGAAACAUGGCACAGAUAGCGAUCGACUGCCAGCUGCUUUGACGUGUUUUAAUAGACUUCUGCUACCUCCGUAUAGUAGCGAAGACAACCUCCGAGAAAGACUUGUUGUUGCUAUUGAGAAUAGCAAAGGAUUUGGACUUACGUAGAGUGAGGUAGUUAGUAAUUAAUAAUCAUUGUAGGAAUAAGAGCCAUUCCACCAGACUGAUGCUGCUAAAAAAGUAAAAAAGAUUGAAUGAAUUCAAAAACACAUAAUAUUAUUAAUAAUAAUGAAUUUGUCAAAGAAUAAUUGUUUUAACUAUAAACGACUCAUGGUAAUACUA